UUCAUGACUUCACCAUAAGAAAGACACUGGGCAAAAACGGCCUGCAUGGCAGAGUUCUGAGACGAAAAUCACUGCUGAACAAAAACAACAUUAAGGCUUGUCUCAAUUUUGCCUUUGGGAAAAUACUCUGUGGUCUGUCAAGACAAAAGUUAAACUUUUUGGAAAAGUGUGUGUCCCAUUACAUCUGGCGUAAAAGUAAAGCUGCAUUUCAGAAAAAGAACAUCAUAGCAACAGUAUAUUAUGAUGGUGGUAGUGUGAUGGUCUAAGGCUGUUUUGUUGCUUCAGGACCUGGAAGACUUGCUGUGAUAAAUGGAACCAUGAAUUCCAAUGAAUUUCAGCCUCUCAAAUGUGAAUAUUUUUUAAUUUCCUUAGUCUUCCAUGAAAGCAGACCUAUUAUCUUUGGCAAAACAAGAUAUUCACACACAUCAGCUCUGAGUUUUGAAAACAGUGGUGGACAUUUUUGCCUCUUUUCUGAUAUGUUGUUGACCAGACCACUAAAAUGUGUGUUUGGUUUUUCUACCGAGGGCCACAGAAUGAAAAAUCAAAGGAUGCAGGGGACACUUUUACAUUUUUAGACCAACCCGUGCAGAUACAAGUAUAUCAAGACGUUUUUUAUAUGUAAAUAAAAAAAAACAGUCUGCAUCAGGUUUAUGUAAUUUUUUAAAUAUUAUGACCUGUUUGUCCUUACAGUACAUUUUUUUGCUGUUUUUUAUUUUUGAUUUGUACAAAUAUUUCAACUUUCUUCUUGUACAUUUUUUUCUUGUAAUAGUAUGACUUUAUUCUCAUGUUUUGACUUUAUUGCCGUAACAUUUGACCUACCUAAUUUUCCUAAAACUUAAUUCUUUGUUUUAUUUUCGUUUAAUAUUUAAUAUUAUUUAAAUUUUUCAAAUUUAUGGUAUUUUUUUCUUCAUUUUGAAAAAAAAAUCGAUCAGUCUUACGCAUGAAUUGUCACACUUAUUGUGAAGGAUUAAAGCGGAAGUGAUUACCGUGAAUGUUACAGUAGUGACAGUCAAUGAGAAAAACGUCGAGUAUUUCCGUCUACUUUCCGGCCGGGCUAACUGUAACCAGCAAUGGACUCGCUCGGAACCGUUCCCACGCAGACCAGCGAUGUUGAGGUCGAUACUGCACCGGGAGCCGGGGGUGUGGAUGCCGCGGUUCUUCUGCUGGGAGCAGGAAUGACUGCUGUCACACACCCGCUGCUUUAUGUGAAGCUACUAAUACAGGUGGGUCACGAGCCGCUUCCCCCGACUGUGGGCACCACAAUGUUCGGAAGGAGAGUUUUAUACCUUCCUGGAUUCUUCUCUUAUGCACAGCACAUAGUAAAAGUGGAUGGAAAGAGGGGACUCUUCCGUGGCUUGUCACCACGUAUGGUGUCUAUUGCCAUCUCCACUGUGAUCAGGACCAAAGUUAAAACGACAGAGCUGUUAUCCAAGAAAGAAGACGUGCAAACCUCUCUGAGGAAAGUAAUGAAAGAGACUUCUCAUGAGAUGGUCAUCCAGUGCCUGUCUAGAAUAGCCACUCAUCCUUUUCAUGUUUUGUCAGUGCGUUGUAUGGCCCAGUUUGUUGGCAGAGAGGUCAAGUACAGUGGAAUUUUCAGCGGUAUCGUCAGGAUUUUUAAGGAAGAAGGAGUCAGCGGGUUCUAUGUUGGUCUAAUGCCGCAUGUGCUGGGAGAAGUCCUCUUCUUGUGGUGUUGCAACUUGCUGGCGCACUUUAUCAACACCUACGCUGUAGAUGACAGUUUUAGCCAGGCCUCAGCCGUGCGGAGUUACACAAAGUUUGUAAUGGGGUUUGCAGUGAGUAUCCUAACAUAUCCGUUCAUGCUGGUGGCUGACGUCAUGGCGGUCAACAACUGUGGUUUGACUGCAGGUCUUCCUCCUCACUCGCCCAUCUUCACGUCAUGGAUGCACUGCUGGCGUUACCUCAGCCAGAAGGGUCUCCUGUUCAGAGGAUCCAGCUUCUUUUCUCGCCGUGUGCCGGUGACCUCUCUGCCCUCCAUCAACGAUUGAUCAUUAUCAUCAUCACCACAUCCUGGACUGCACGUCGUCCUCCUGUUCAGUGUUGUAUUCCUAUUGCUGACACUCCGAUAGGGGAGGAGGAGCGAGUGACUGUGCUUGUACAGUGCAGUGCAAAGAUGGAACUGGUCAGAAAUGUUUGCGCUUGAGGAACACGUGGGGUGACAGCAGUGUUACGGAAUCAAACCAGCGGCCCUUCCCUCACAGGCUGCCUUCUUAACCACGCAUUCCCCCCACUGUUCCAACAACACAGCAUCAACUAUACAGUAAAGUGCUUACGUUGCGGAAGGUACCUACCUAGUAAAUGUAGUUCGUACCUGCAUGAUGUCAACAGCUAAACUUUUUUUGUGUUUACUUGGAACAAUGAUUAUUUUAUUUAAGUGUAGAGGAUGAUUUAAAAAUAAUAAUAAUCACUGACCUCUGGAUUAGUUUGAAACUUUUCAGCAGCUCCUUACUGCAAGAAUCUACCAGUCCGAGUUUGGCGUCUUGCUUGUGGACACUUCAACCGUGCUCAGGGAUCAGAAGCGCUUCACCAACCAGUCCCAGUUUCCAUAUUUCUAAGGCAUGUCCUUAAGGGCUGCUGAAGGUCAAACUAAGCACUGCAGCAGGGAAGAAUUGCAGAUUUGUGGGACGUAGGAAUUUGAACUGUCUGUGCGGCGUGUAAGUCCAUCAGUGAUUGACAGGUGAUCCCGAUCAGUUGAGUGCGCACGCCACGUCUUCACCUUAAGUCAGCUGUGAUCGACCCCAGCUUACCUGUGACACUGCAUGGAAUAAGCAAGUGUUGGAUGUCAGGGUGAAAAAUGGCAAUGCAGGCAGACGUUUGAAGACGGGCCACAGUAGCACCACUCACAGAAAGUUAGGGAUAUUCACAACUGUUGUGUUAGAGAACAGCAGGUUGUGCGUUAAGUAUUGAACAUGUUGGACGUGUGCAUUCAGAAUUCGAGAAGCUCAAAUUAAGUUCACCUGUAAAGUUUAUACAGUAGUACAUUUUAGGUUUAUCCUGAAAUGUAUCUGAAAUAUCCCUAACUUCUUGUGAGUAGUAGCCUAUACCAUAAAAGUAACUGUCAGCUAAAAGCAAGAAAUGAACAUUUGUGUGGUCUAAUAGUUGUCCAUUUCUAGUGGGACAUUUGUAUGAUUGUGUCAGAAUCCAACAUGGAAACAUUUACAUGAGUUGAUUAAAUGUUGUAUAUCAAUGCCAGAAAUGAAAGAUAUCAAAAACACAUUCAUUUUGUGUUCGGUAUCAAAACGGUUAUGACGUCUUAGUCUUAAAUGUCAUAUUUGUGCUUAAUGUUGGUCAUGAUGGUAAAGUUCGGGAGGAAAUGGUACGCCAUCACUUACGCAGGCAACAUUCCGGUACAGUACUGUCUAAUACGCUCUUAAUAUACUAUAAUAUACAUAUUACGUUUCAUUUUUCCUUUGAUGGGAAUGUACGUACUAAACCGCUUAAUACAAUUUCAGCUAUCUUGCAGACGAGUUGAUAAACUGCACACGCCCCAAUGAUACAACACUACCACCUAGUGGCCAUUACACGACGUGACAGUGGGUUGGACAUACACCUUCACCGGCUAGCAUGUUACCAAUUGUGAUUUAAAAGAGCAGACUGUACAAACAAAGGUUACAUUUUUCAUAAUUCAUUUUUAAGCUGAAUAAAGAUGGGCGUAAAGUGUCUUUCGGCCCGAAUAAGAUUGGUAACUCACGGCUGGAUGGUAUUGGGCUACAUUUCCGGAGCCCUUACACACACACACAAAAGCAAUUUGAUCAACAGUUUGCAGUAAUUCGGUGGGAAUGAUAGCUAAUCAUUUGCUAACAUACAUACUACUACUACUAGUAGUGCGCGUGCGUGUGUUACGUCUGGCGUACCUUACUUCCGCAAAGCAGGAAAGUUUGCGCCCUUUGGGUCGGUCUCUAAACAAGGCUGACUGCACGUGAGCGAUUCAACUCAAUGAAAGUUGAUUUAUCGCUCAUUCAAGAGUAGUGUAGUUAAGGAGACAACAUAUUAAGUGCAGAGUAAUUCAUUGUCAAAUAGCAGGACAAUACAAAACAGCCUCACACUGUGAAAAGAGAAGUGGUUUAAAUAAAAAAUAAUGUACAUCCCACUGUCCCAAAUCCCCCGCACCUCACACGUCUAGAUGACAGAAGCAAACAUACACACAUUUGUAACACAGAUCUUGUCAUUCCAACAUGGACACUACAAGUAUAUUGCUUUUUAAGGCGACUAAGCACAAUCACUCCCCUAACAGAUCACUUAAAAAACGUACUCAACUUCAUCAUACAAAGUCUUAAUUAUAGACAACCUUCAUACAACGACUGUAUAUGGAAGUUCAUUUGUCCUCAUAAAAAAAGAUUACAUGUAGCAUGGUUCAUGUAAAAAGGCAAUGUGAAACUAAUGUUAACAUCGAAGUGGACUCAUUUGACCUUUAGUCGUCAUUCAAAAGGAAAAGCUAGGUGUUAAAAGUGGCGCAAUGGCAUUGCUUUGAUUACACCUCUUUGCAUAUCCAUCCAUGCAUAUUCUAUAUUCAUCCAUUCAUUUUCUAUGCCGCUUGUCCUCACUAGGGUGGUGGGGGUAUGCCUGAGCCUAUCCCAGCUGACUUCGCGCGAGAGGCGGGGUACACCCUGGACUGGUCGCCAGCCAAUGGCAGGGCACAUAUAGACAAACAACCACUCACAUUCAUACCUAUGGACAAUUUAGAGUCGCCAAUUAACCUAACAUGCAUGUUUUUGGAAUGUGGGAGGAAUACCACAUACCCGUACCCGGAGAAAACCCACACACGCACGGGGAGAACAUGCAAACUGCACACACAGAUGCCCAAACGGAGAUUCAAACCCAUAUAUUCCAGGUCUCCUGACUGUGUGGCCAUGCGCUCAAUUUUGCAUAUCUUCUACAAGAUAUUUAAUUAAAUCACUGAUAUUAAAAAGAAAAACUUCAAAUAGUGAACUUGUGUGAUGCACUGUCAUUACAAUGCAUACUGUGUCAUCCAUCCAUGUCAAAGCUGCUAUGGAGCAAACAGGCUUACAUCGUUGUAUUUUGUACAUUCAGACAAUCAGCAUUUGGAAUUAUUGGAGCCAAAAAAACAAAAAGCUACACCUUAAAACUUGCUUUACAUUCAUUUAAAAAAAAGACAGCAUGUUGGAUAUUGUGGACAAAGGACAGCUUCAGUCAUCUAAGUGGAUGCAAACUAGUAUCAAGGGUAAGCAGUUGCACUGUGUGUUGAUUCCAUUCCUUAAAAAAAAAUUAAAAUAAAUCACAUGCGCGCUCCCGUCACCUGAUGGGACUACUUAGGACAGUUGGGUUAAUCUGCCUCCAUGCAUGACCUUGAUUCCUUUGGUGCGAACUGUAGGCCAAAAACCCCCAAAUGAAGACGAUGGCCUGACUAACAUCACAUAAGGUGCUAAAGGCAGCCCAUGGCGGAUGUAUGUAACCAUAUUGCAAUGUUACUUUACUCAAUUCCCUCUUGUCAUCACGCAAGAUUAGUAUGCAACCACCACUGGAAGUUAUUACAUGGGGGGUGGUUCUUGAUCCAGUCUUUGGUUGGACACCAUUCCAAACAUUUGGAAAAAAUCCCUGAAGAGCACUUGAUUCCCGUCAAGUGCCUACCCAAUGUGUACAACCUGUGAGUGAAGAAGUGGGGGGGGGUUCAAAGAAGAAGAACAGUGCUGGCUUAGAAAGAGGGAAUGUGACGAUGCUGGUAUCAGAGUUUUAAAAAAAUAUAUAUAUUUCCCCAUUUGCCACUUCCACUGGUGUAAAAGAGUCCGAGUUCAGUCUCGUGUGCGUGAGCAUAAAGCAGGAGGGUGGCCCUGGAGGCAUCAAAGUGAAGAUGGAGAGAAAUGAAGGCAGCAGAUCCUAUUGUGGAAAGCAAUCACCCCCACGUCCCCAGUGGGAGAGAUCAGCUUGUCCGUCCUCGGACAAGGGUUUAGGCAAGGACUUGUUUGUGGCCUGCAGCUUCAUCUCUUGGUGGACUUCAUGUAGGAUGGUAUCGCUCCCCGAGCGGUGAGGCCUUCAAAGCGCUUGUAGGUGUAGUUGAUGAACACCCAGUCCUUAUUCUUCAGGUCGGCGUCUGAGUGGUUGGACACCUGAGUGGCUGGAGGAAGACGGCCACGUCAUUCAGAUGAACUCAGGAGAGAUUAGUCACCAUUUUUAAUGCAUGCAUGAACAUGCCACGUGGACUCUAACCCCCCCCAAAACUACUGUCACUUUGAGUGUAUGAGCCGUUACUUUUUUCUUAAGCUUUGAACUCUGCGGCUUAUACGGCGGUGUGGCUAAUUUAUGACCAUGUUCUAAUCUCCUGACUAACUACUACUAAUCGUUUAAAUACUGCGCCGCUCGCGAGUCACUGAGGAAAUGGUGCCUCUUUCUUUAGCAGGAGCUUGUCAACCCGUUGGAAAAACGCAGGUGGUCAUCACUCAAUACAACAGCAAUUUACUUAUUCUAAACUUAAACUUGUUUCAAACGGAGCGGGGAAGAAAGAUGAGGCCAAAAACGUACCAAUUCCACACGGAAUGCGAGGAGAACCUAUUUUUCCACUCUAUCUCAGCCAUGGCAUGUCGGCUCGGCUCUGCUGGCUCAGUAGCCAGUCUCCUUGCAGUGUGAAAGGUGAUGUAAUCUAACGUCAUGUCUCAUAACAUUACUGAUGCCUAGUGACCAGAACGUGACACAUAACUUGUCUUUCAAUACUUCUUGACUAUAAUAGGACGUAGUCAAUCACAAAACAGGAACCAUUUAUGUUUUUUAAAAAGUGCGAUAUAGUGAGGGGGCGAUAUCAGAAGAGCGAUAUAGCGAGGGAUAACUGUACAUGUGAAAAGCAACGUGAACAUACCUGUUGGUGUGAGGAUAUCCGAAUCUGGGAAUUCGUCAAAGUUUGACGUGUCAUCGAUGCUUUUGAUCUCAAUGGGGAUGGCUGCAGGUCUCUCUCUGCACAGCAAACAGGUUGUCAUAUUCAUAGUCGCUUUGCAUCAUUCUGCGGUGUGUAACGAGUGUGUGCAACUCAGUAUUUAUCCAACAUGCUGCAGUUGGUCUCUUACAUGAGGCACAGAGCACAGUGCAGUUGUCUGUGCUGCUAUUUGUGUGGCGUCAUGUUCUCUGCCACGCCGCUUAAACAGCAGUACCCGCUGGGUGUGUUAGUCAUAAAAGGAGGUGUGGUCAACCGCAUUGCCACCACAUUCCCAUCUAGGCUAAGAUGAAAAUCACACACUUGCUUUGACUGCAUUCGCUUGCACGUACAUACUGUAGAUAUACAACAGUCCAAGUAUGUGCUACUAUAUGAGUUGUAAUAUAACAGAAUUAGGAAAAUGUGCAUAACAAUGCUGCUUCGAGGUCUUUCCCUUGAAAGCUUUACAUGGGAUAUUUAUACAUCUCUCCUGCAGUCCUGAAAGCAGCAUUAGCGUGAUUGUGUUGCCCUUCAAUAAUGAAUGAUCAGAUUUUCUUGGUACAACGUGGGCUGGGUGUAAUCAAACACGGCUGUUGCACGCACGUCUUGUCAUCUUUUGUUGCUUUGUCGUUGCGGUCAACUGAUCUUUUCUACAUAUUUUCAGUGUGGUAACUGCAAAAAAAAUACAAGGGGUCAGUGUUACCUGAUAUGGUCAUAGUCUACACCCUCAAAGAAUGGAUUGGACUUGAUUUCCUCCACACCAACAGCACCUGUCCUGUGUUCCUCUUCACAGCAGAACCUGCAGACACCAAGUCUACGCUUAUCAUCACACACAAAACUAACGGCCAUUGCACCUCGCAUCUCUGAUCCUCACAGUGUCAUGCUGCGGCAUCUGCGUGUGUGGUGGAAGUGAGGUCCUACCUGAGGAUGAGGUCUUUGGCCUUCUCUGAAAUAGGCACUUCUGGAGGGAAUGUGAGCGUCUCCCGCCAGUUCAUGACUUUCCUGUACGUCUCUUGAGGCGUCUCCGAGCAGAAUGGCGGAUAGCCUGAAGACGCAUGCAUACACAGUAUUAGCACUAUUGGUACCAGGUCUGGCUACCACUUGCAGCGGUGUAUAAGAUGAUGACGUACCAAUGAGCAUCUCAUACAUGAUGACACCCAGGCUCCACCAAUCACACAGCUUGUUGUAUCCGUUCUGCAAGAAAACCUCAGGGGCGAUGUAGUCUGGUGUUCCCACAGUGGAGAACGCCUGAACGGGGAUGAUAGGAGAAGUAGUUACAUUCCUAAGACCUUGAAUGUGAUUUCUAGCCGAUUUUCAUCAGGGACAUCAUGCAGAGUGAUCAAAUGGAAGACCCAAAGUAAACAUUUACCAUGAGUGAUACAAUACAGAACCACUGUACAGAAAUCCCUCCUUUACCGCGGUUAAUUGAUUCCAGACCCGACCGCGUGCGACAAGCUAACUUCCGCAAAGUAGGAUUCAAUAAUGAAUUGAAUACUUUCGUAGUUAUUGCAUGGAAAACCUGUUUACAAACUUCUAAAUGCGUUUUUUAACAUUAUUAGAACCCUGGAGACACGAAAUAACACUCUUAUAGUCACCUUUACAAUUGUAUUACCCGAUAUAGUAGCUACAAUCAGAGGAAAUAAGACUUAUGAGACAUAAAUAAGAUAGACUCACACAUUAGCAGUUGCUUGUUGUUCUUAGUACUUCCGGCGUACUUUCACAUUAGUGCAAAGCUCCCACAGUCAAGUGUUGGUUAACCUCCAUCAUAGUCAGUGAAAAUGUUUGGCUCACAAUAACAAAUAGAUGUGCAGCUGUUUUUCAGCGUUUUACAUUCACGUAUACAAGGUUUGUGAGGUGAUGCAUGCAGCAUUCAUACCAGCUGCCUCCUGUUUCUCUUCCAGGUCUCUGCUUUCCUCUUGGAGUUCAUGUUCUGAAAAGCUGUGAAGAGAAAAUAUGUCAGUAUCACAAUGCUCUUAUGAUUGACUUACACAAUAGGGGUGUCCCGAUCAGACAUUGGUACCGGUCUGAUAUCAGGAAAAAAAAAACAGUAUCAGAUCAUAUCAACCUGAAUCUAAAAUCUCUGAUACAAGCAGUUCAUUCCAGACUCCGCGCCAGCACUUCUAUGGAGCAGCAGGACUUCUAUUCGGCAUGCAGAGCCCGCGUGAUCGCAACAGUGUGCGCUAACAUGUUUGCCAAGGCAUUGCAUCCAAGUUUCCCGUGGUGGCACAGAACCAGGGAAGUUUACUACAACCGACCGCAUCGUGUAUUUGAAGCAGGAUUCCUGCACGGCUUCCUGAAACAUCCACCGCUGUUUGACACAUUUUGCAAAGUGUGAGAAACGCCCACGGGACGGCAAAAACUCAUUGGUUACUACGGAUGAGCUAGUACACCGCUAUCUGUAUCGGUUCACCCAUGUCAAUGAUACUGUGUCCGUAUUGGUACUCGGAGUGGGCGGGGCAUAAACCGGAAGUGGUCGUGGUUUAACUGGACGUGGGUGGGACUUAAAUCUGUACAUUAUCUUACGUGUGAAAUUGACUUGGAUUGAUGAGAAGUUGCUGUAUUUAUUGUGUGUACUGUGUGUGUGUGUGUGUGUGUGUGUGUAAGCGAUCUGUAGGACUUUAAUUAUUUUUUAAUGAACUGUGUGAAGUUGCUGAUUCAUGCAAACAUCCAGUGAUGGCAAACGGGUAAAUAAUCUGUCAGCCUUGUUUACUGUAUUUUUCUCAAAAGCACCGCUUUCAGUGCUACAAGCAAAGCUUUCCAGCUGACUUUACACCACCAGCCAAAUUAGAAGCAAGCGGACAAAAAAAAAUAAGCCACCGGCAGUGACUGCCACACGAGGCGUAUUCAGCUGUCUUGUGAAAUGCAACGCGCACGUUACGAAACAAGUUUAAGAUUGCAACGUGCAUACUGCAACGCACUGAACGGGGUGGAAUAUUUUACCACGCUUGUGUAUGUAAUGUAGCAUGAUAGCCAUACAGGCACAAUGUUUGAUGCGGCUGUGCAGGUGUACCUAAUGUUGUGGCCAGUCAAUGCAGGUUACUGUUACCACCGUCUGUGUACUCCCAACUGAAAAUGAACUAUAUUCUUAUAUUGUAGGUAGCACGCCUGUUUUAUGGUGACUUCAUGGAGUAAGACAAAAAUACAUUUCAAGGAAACAAGCGGUCAUGCUCCACCAGUUGAGUUGCUGCACAUGUAACUGACCCAACACAAGCCUGCACAGCGCUGUCUUGUCAAAAGCACCACGUACUUUACCGAACAAGUUUACCAAGUUUAACUUUAGAUACAAACCGAAACAGAGGAGCAGAGAGGCAGUGGACAGCGCCACAUGAGCAGCUGUCAACUUGCCAACUGCACCGCGUACGUGAAUGAGACGGCGCUCAAGCUCCUCUGUGGCUGCCGCCUGCAGAGUUUGUCUCGGGAGGGGCGGUCGCUGUGUGUGACUGGCCAAUCACAGAGUGUGAAGAGUGAAUACAUAAUGAGGAUUUUCUUUCAUCACGAUUACAGAUAAUGACGAGAUGUACUCGUUUAUUGCUCGUACUCGUCAAAAAUGCAUUAUCCGUAACGGAUACUCGUUCAUAACGAGUAUUCGGCUCAUCCCUAUUGGUUACAUGAAAGAGCCAGCCCCUGAGCAUGUUGAGCCUUGCUACGUUAUGCCUAUUACCAGAUGGAUAAAGAAGCAAACGGGUUAGUUUUUCUCAUUCCUUCUGUAUAGCCCUUUGCAACAUUCCAUGCUACUAAACACGUCAUAAAAGUAUGUACGAUUCGUGCUGAUAUCGGAUGGGUCUCGGGCCGUUACUCAAAGCUGCAAUAUUAGAAUUGCAUCGGAAGUGAAAAAGUUGUAUCAGAACAUCCCUAGCACUCGAUAUGUAAACCAAAUGUUAGCGACUUUGUUCAAAGUGCAACCGUGUUGUGAAAAGAGUAAAUAAGAACAUAACACAGAGAUACACGUAUGCAAGAAAUGAUUCUCAACAUUCAACACUGGAUGGCUGCAUCACAUUAAAAGAACCACUCAUUUUUGGACCAUGUUGAGAUGUCCAGAUCUCUAACAAAGUGUGAACAGUGUGUUCAUCAUUGGAGCCACAAUGAAUCAUUCGUUGGGUUUCCCUGGCAGAACAUAAUAGCUACUCAAAAUCAUUUCAAAAGCCGAGGAAUAUGAAAGCAUGUUAUUUUGGGUUUACAGCAGAUCCCCGCUUUCUGCGAACAAAAACACGCAAGUAACUAAUGUGUCCAUAAAAAUGUCUUGCCCCCCCGCCCCACCUCCAAACCCUCCUGCUAUCUUCACGUUCCCCUCUGAUUUGUCAUUAUGUUGUAAUUAUUAGAGGAGAUUCAGCUCCAGGACCGUCUGCGUCCCUCCUCGAUAUGCCUCACACACACAUGAAAGGCAUUUGAAAUGAUGACAUGCAUACGUACUCACCAAAAAUGAAUAAUGUAAGAUGAUCGAUAAACAGAUGGUAUCUGGAUGACAGUGUAGAAGUUAUAAAUUUCACUUUUGCUUCUCACAGCAACUAUGGUGCGUUCAGAGACCACCGAAAAAAGUGUAAAAUCUCACACUAAAAAAACUAUCAGCAAAACACAAAAACAAACGUAAACAUUUUUUCUUUUCGUCUUUGACACUGGUACGUGUGUGAUGUACAUUUUACCUGUAUUAUCACAUAUUCAUUAUUACCGACUUGUCCAGCAGAUAUGUUCGCUGUGGAAAAAGUGACAAUUUUCUGAGGAAAAUAAAUAAGUAAUAAAAAUGUCUAACAAAAAAUCUGUGCAUGUGCGGGCUCGUGAAUGCUGAAUGGCAAGCAUGCAGGGACUGCUGUAUGUAUGGAUUGAAAAACAUAGUUAUACUCCAACUUAUGGUCAUGCAUUGUAUGUGAAGACUGCUUUCACACGAAAUGUCACUCUUUGGAUGCGCAAAUAAGCACCACUCUGGUUUCUUUUGCGGCUCAAACAUGCUUACUGCAGAUACUGUGCGACUUUCAUGACAUGAGUGCUUGACAAGAGGAGUGAGAGAACUGCUGUGCAAUCAAAGUACGUUGGAACCAAAGGGAAGAUGUUGCCUGACUUUGCUUACUGAGGUCACUGGGCAAGCUAUGGUUCAGGUUCUUGUAGAAUUCUGUCCGGUGUGCUCUCUUAAGUCCCGUGCACAAUCCAAAGUCAGACAGCUUCACAUGACCCUGAAAUAACAACACAGUCAAUACUUCCAUGACCUCCUCAUGCAACAGUACUCAGCAGUUACACUUUUAACAUGUUUACAUUUUACUUGUUGCCUUCUAAUUAACAUUUAAAAACAUCUUUAUUCAAAUUAUGUUAUAAUAUAAAAUGAGUAGAUAAAAAUGCACUGUGACUAUUGUAAAGCGCCAUGACAGCACAGGAUAAUUCACCCUGGAGUCCAGCAGGAGGUUGUCUGGCUUGAUGUCUCUGUGGAUGAAGCCCAGCUGGUGGAUGGAAUCGAUGGCCAGGACCGUCUCUGCGAUGUAGAACUGAGUGGCCUCCUCUGUCAGAGUGUCCUUCUUCAUCAAGAGGGUCAUCAUGUCCCCUAUGGGAAUAAUAGCAAAUACCACAAGCAUGUUUGCUGAAAAUGGCCAGUUAGAGUUAGCAGUGUGGCUCGUACCCCCUGGCAGAAA